AUGCUUAGUCCCAAAAGAACCAGAUUUCGUAAACAACAUAGAGGAAGAAUGAAGGGAAUAUCUUGUCGCGGCAAUCAUAUUUGUUUCGGCAGAUACGCUCUUAAAGCACUCGAACCCACUUGGAUCACAGCUAGACAAAUAGAAGCGGGGCGAAGAGCAAUGACACGAUAUGUGCGUCGUGGUGGAAAAAUAUGGGUACGCAUAUUUCCCGACAAACCUGUUACAGUAAGACCCGCAGAAACACGUAUGGGUUCGGGUAAGGGAUCCCCCGAAUAUUGGGUAUCCGUUGUUAAACCAGGUCGAAUACUUUAUGAAAUGAGUGGAGUAUCUGAAACUGUAGCCAGAACAGCUAUUUCACUAGCUGCGUCCAAAAUGCCUAUACGAACUAAAUUUGUCAGGAUGGAGAUGUAG